AGUUGGACAAGUUCACAAGGAAGUCUUACGUUCUUCUAGAGGGUGCUGUGUUUCCGGCCAAUGACUUUUGGACUGGGUCGGUCACCGGAGCAGGAAGGUAAGGGGAAGGAACCGCGGAGUUUGAAGAAAGAUUCCAUGAUGCUAUCACGCUGUUACUGUAUUUCUCUCAAUACGCGUGGGCCUGUCUUACAUAGGCUUGUAGUUGACCUUCGGAGUUGACGCCAUUACAUUACCAUAAUGACCUCUUGUUCUUCUUGGAAUCCCAAACCGAAAGUCGCAUGCUUAAAGACUCUUUCCAAUAAUAUACAAGGAUGGUUAUGUAAAUUCAGGUCUGAAACGUUGAAAACUUGCAACGGGUUGAGCUUUAUGCAUUGAGGAACAUCAGCCAUUCCUCUUGUAUGUAAGCUUGCUUUAGUUCUUCCCUUACAACAAAAUUGGGAGUUCCAAAAUCCCAACCUCUUGGUAAGAAAAAGGAAAGCCUGUCGACGAUUUGUCUGAUCUUUCUCCUACAAGGUUCAGUUGCCAAAGUCACUUUGUCUUUGUUUCGAAAGUUACUGAGCAUCAUUGUUGAAUCCAUACAUCGAACGCGAUCAACUUAAAAGACAUGGUGGAUGCAGUAGUACAAGUUUUCUUGGAAAAACUGCUUAAAGCUCUUUCAGAAGAAAGCCAUAUUUUGAGCGAGUUCAGGGAUCAAUUUGAAAAAUUACAGAGUCAGCUGGUAUUAAUGCAAAGCUUCCUCAAAGAUGCUGUGAGGCUAAAGAGUAAGAAAGAAACUCUUCGAACGAUCAUGGUCGAUCUGCGAGAGCUGAUUUUCGAAGCAGAAGACAUACUAGCAGAUUGCCAACUGCUGUCAAGGGAUAAAGACCUCUUCUCCACUGGAUGGCUAAUGUGCAUCUAUCCCACAAAGCUUCCAUGGCAGUAUCAGACUGGAAAGCGCCUCAAAGAAAUCCAUGAGAAAAUAAUAACCAAUAAACAAGAUAUUGCAACUUAUCUCGGGGUCUCGAUUUUAAACCAACCAGAGCCCGUGUAUGGUUGCAAUGACUUGUCACAGAACUGGAGCUCUCCUGUAUAUGAUCAUACACAAGUGGUAGGAUUGGAAGAUGACAAGAGGAAAAUAAAGGAUUGGCUGUUUGGAGCAGAUGAUGGGAUAUUGAAAAUUGGAGUUGUUGGCAUGGGUGGACUGGGGAAGACCACCGUUGCACAGGAAGUUUUCAAUGAUAGAGAAAUAGAGGGACGAUUUGAAAGAAGAAUGUGGGUUUCUGUUUCUCAAACUUUUACUGAAGAACAAAUUAUGAGAAGCAUGUUAAGGAACUUGGGAGAUGCAAGUGUGGGAGAUGAUCGAACUGAAUUGCUGAGGAAAAUAAACCAGUAUCUCCAAGGGAAGAGGUAUUUGAUUGUAUUGGAUGAUGUUUGGGGCCACGACUUUGCUUGGUGGUACAGAAUUUCUGAAGGAUUGCCUAAAGGAAAUGGAAGCAGUGUCAUUAUUACAUCCAGAAAUGAGGAAGUUGUACAAAAGAUGGGAGUGUAUGAAGAAAGAAUCCACCGGCCUAAAUUCCUAUCUAAGGCUAAUAGCUGGUUACUGUUUAGGAAGAUUGCAUUUGCAGCACGAGGAGGUGAGUGUCCUGAGCUAGAGGAUAUUGGGAAGGAGAUUGUAGAUAAGUGCAAGGGUCUUCCAUUGGCAAUUAAGGUAGUUGGAGGAAUGAUGCUUUAUAAAUUGCCCCGAUAUCAUGAAUGGAAGCGGAUUCUAGACCAUUUCCGUGACGAAUUAAAAGAAAAUGAUGAUUCUGAGAGAGGCUUGAUGGCCUCACUUCAAUUGAGCUAUGACGAGCUCCCACCUAACCUGAAGUCAUGCUUCCUUUGUUUCUCACUUUUCCCGGAGGACUGUGUCAUAAGCAAAGAGCAGUUGGUCUAUUGGUGGAUUGGAGAAGGUUUUGUUCCACUGAGAAGUAACAGGUCGACAACUGAAGCUGGAGAAGAUUGUUUCUCAGGGUUAACAAAUCGAUGUUUGAUAGAGGUUGUCGAUAAGACAUAUAAUGGAACGAUUUCUACUUGUGCAAUUCAUGAUAUGGUUCGUGAUUUGGUCCUAAAAAUCUCAGAUGAUGAUGCAUUCUUUAGAAAAGAUGGCAUUGGUUGUCGUCAUUUAGGGAUCAAAAGUGAUUUAGAUCCAAAGCUGCUUAUUGCUAAUCGAAAGUUGCGGGCAUUGUUGUCCACAACCAAGACUGGGGAAGUGAACAAGAUUGCCUCAAGAACUGCCAAAGCACUUUGUCAAUCUCGAUACUUACGGGUACUAGAUAUCUCCAAAUCAAUAUUUGAAACAUCUCUCUCAGGUAUUCUAAAUCAUAUUUGCUCCCUUCAGCACUUAACUUACCUCAGCUUGAGCAACACUCAUCCACUAGUUCAAUUGCCAUCUUCACUUGAGAAGCUUAGCAACCUUCAGAUUAUGGACGUGAGUUAUUGUCAAAAUCUAAAAACGCUUCCAUCUUACAUUGUGACUUUUAAGAAGCUCAAGGUCUUAGAUGUCAGCCAUUGCGGUUCACUUGAAUGCUUGCCUAAAGGUUUGGGAAGGCUUUCCAACCUUGAAGUGUUGUUGGGUUUUAGACCUGCUAGAUCAGACCAAUCAGAAGGUUGUCGAAUUGGUGAGCUAAUAAACCUGACUAAGCUCAGGUCAUUGGAAUUACAAAUUACUCGCGCUGAUGAGAUUGGAGAUAAUGAGGUCAAUGCAUUGGUGAAUCUCCAAGAACUGCAAUAUUUGUCAAUGAGUUGUUUUGACAGUAAUAGUGAUGGCAGCGACCUCAUUACUAAGGUUGACAAACUCUUUCCCCCACAGCAACUCCAUGAGCUGUGUCUCCAAUAUUAUCCCGGAAAGAUGAGUCCCAAGUGGCUCAACCCUAUAUCACUUCCUAUGCUAAGGUCUCUCUCAAUCUCCUCCGGAGAUAUUGCAGAAUUUCAUCCGAGCUUUUGGGGAGAUGAUAAUAUCGUUUGGAAAAUAGAGGCCUUGAUGUUGGAAUCUCUCUCGGAUCUGGGAGUGGAGUGGUCGUCGCUGCAACAAGUUAUGCCAUCAUUAAGAAUUGUCACUGUGAGUUGGUGUCCAGAGUUAGAGUCAUUCUCAGUUGAAGAUUUUGGGUAUAAAGGUGGCGUCUGGAAGAAGGAAUAGUACAUGAACGAAAACUAGGGGGAAAAAAACCUGCUUGGGAAGUAAAUUUAAUUUCUUUUAUAUUGAUUAUUUUGCUGGAAAUAUUAGUGCCCUUGAUUACAUGUAAAAAAGGACUGAAUAUAGAUUUUGCACUAUUUGAUGUCAUUGUUUUUGGACUUCUGGUUUCUCCAUGUUGUAACAAAUAGACCAGGGCAAAACUUUCCAUGUAUUCUUUCUUAAAACUUGUAAGUCUCAUAGAAAUUUUCGACACUGCUCCAAGGAAAUCAAAAUGACAUAUUUUUAUUAUGUUGGCAA